AUGGGUCGUGUCGGGGGGUUGAAGGAGAAGAAUAAUGUUCUGAAUGUUUUGGUUGAGGGAUAUAGGAGUGUGAGGGGGGUGAAGGAAAAGAAUAAUGUUCUGAAUGUUCAGGUUGAGGGGUUGAGGGGUAUGGGUCGUGUCGGGGGGUUGAAGGAGAAGAAUAAUGUUCUGAAUGUUUUGGUGGAAGGGUAUGGACCGUGUGGGGGGUUCGAGGAUGGGUUACCUGACCUACCCAACAAUCUUAGAGAGCUUGGAGCUGCUCUUCUUGGGAACACAUUAGUUGUUUGUGGUGGAUUCGCUUUACUGGCUCCUGUUAAGGAUUGUUACUCCAUUGAGUUAAAUACUUGGCCUUUAGAGUGGAAAGUUUUCCCUUCUCUUUUGCACGGAAGGCAUAAUUUUGGAUUCUUAAAUGUUGGUGGAGAACUCUACGCAGUUGGAGGAAGUUCAAGUAUUGGAUCUGUUAGGUCUAUAGAAAGGUUUAACCAAGACACUAUGGUGUGGGAGGAGGUCGGGGAAAUUAACGGAUACAGACAAGAUUUCUGUGCGCUACCAUACUUUGAAGAUGGUAUAAUUUUGCUCGGUGGUUAUGAUGAUCUGGGUUCACAGGUCGAGGUCAACAUGGUUGCACUUGGCACAGGUUAA